CUAGCUAGCGCUGCUGAGACGUAACCCAUAGGAGUAUGCAGAGUAGUAUCUAAGUUUGUCCUGAGGACAGACACCACAACUGAUCAGAAUGGGAAACACUGACAGCCAGUACAGCAGCUUUAACGUCCCUGGGAAAUCCAAAUCCUGCUCUCUAAAGUUCUACUCCACUAAAGAGGAGGCCCUGUCCCCCCAUAGCUGGUGGAGGGGCAGCGAGGGGAGCGGCCAGGGAUACAGAACCAGAAGCAAGGGAGGGAGGGUCUGCCUGCCCCAGCACAAGAUCACUCACAACCAGCCUUAUGGCUCUUCGAAACACUAUGAGCACCACAUCACUAAGGAGGGCAGGGGACUGGGGGGGCCCCCGGGAGCCAAGAUGAAGCCCAUCUCUCCACAGAGGUGUGGCAGAGGGGACAGUUCCCAAGUGACCAGGAAAAACGUCUGUCAUACCGGUUACAGUUACCUGGAGAGUAGUGGGGAGAGUGUUAACGGUCUCAGGGCUAAUGGACAGCGUACCCCCGAGAGGACUUCUCCGUGUGAGCACAGGGAUCCCCUAGAGAGCCGCAGCAGCCCCAAGGUGCUUCUCCGUAAGGACGGCAGCAUGCGUGUUGAGUUCACCAACGCCAUGCGAAUGUCGCUGGAGCCCCAGGAUCUGUCAGGCCACAGCCACCCUGUGGUAGCCGCCCCAGAGCCCUCUCUGACUAAGACCAGCAAGGGCAGCUCCCUGAGCUCCGAGGGCUCCUGGUACGACUCUCCCUGGGGGAACCCCACGGAGCUCAACGACAAUGUGUUCACCUGUAGUCAGACCGUAGCGGGGGACAACAGCAGCGGCUACACCACCUACUCCUCCACUCGCACCGAGGAGACGGGCUGUGGCUUCAACACCUUCUCAUCCGCCCACACUGAGGACAUCUCCCCGGGGUUCAACCCCAGCCUCCUCUUCCAGACUGUGGAUGGUAAUGGUCAAUAUACAAGCCGAGGGUUUAACAGCAACGGGUAUAACACUUGCUCUUCGGGCCGCACUGAGGACAGUGGCAUCGGGGACUCCAUGAUACUUCUCCCGGAGAAGAGUCCGUUUAGCCUCAUGUCCCCUCCUGUGUCCCUGUCUGACCUCUACUCUAACCCCAGCGUGGCGGCUGUCAUCCCCACUGCUCAGUUCCAGGACGUCCCCCAGCAACGGGGGUCGCUUACUUCGUUGCUGACCCUGGACGCGGUCAUCCAGGAGGAGGGCUCGGGGUCGUACGACCAGCGCUACUCCUCUCACAGUCGCACGCUGCCAUGCAGGAGGGUUACUGCCAUGGUGGCCACCGAGCCCUCCGCCAUCGUGGUCGGUAACAGCAGGAAGGACAACCUGAAGAGCCGCAUCAGGCGCCUCGGCGACUGGACGGGAAGUCUGAGCAGGAAGAAAAGAAGACUACAGGAGCCUUACGGUAGUGAGACCAGUGAGGGCUUUAGCAGUGGAGUGGACCCUGGGUUAGGUAACUCUAGCUCCCAGUUAACUGGUACACUGUGGAAUCCCCUCCACACCCAGACCUACACCCACACCCAGGGCCAACAGGGCCACAGUGACGCUCUGCGUCAGAACGUCUACGAGAACUUCAUGCAGGAGCUGGAGACGGGACGCUACAGUGGGCCGGAGCGGACUGAGCCCUCGGAGGAGGGAGAGGAGGAGGAGAUGGGAGGAGGGGGGGGAAUAGGAGAGGGAGAGCAGGGGGAGAGCAGUGGCAGUGGCUCCCUGGGUUCCCUGGAGCAGCUGGACCUGCUGUUUGAGAAGGAGCAGGGGGUGGUGCGCAGGGCCGGCUGGCUCUACUUCAAACCCAUCCUCACCCUGCACAAGGACAGGAAGCUGGAGCUGGUGGCCCGUAGGAAGUGGAGGCAGUACUGGGUCACACUUAAAGGGUGUACCCUCCUGUUCUAUGAGACCUAUGGGAAAAGCAGCUGUCCCGAGCAGGAGCUGUCCCCGCGCUACGCCCUGCUGGCCGAGGACAGCAUUGUCCAGGCCGUCCCCGAACACCCCAAGAAGGAGAACGUCUUCUGUCUGAGCAACGCCUACGGAGACGUCUAUCUGUUCCAGGCUGCCAAUCAAACAGACCUGGAGAACUGGGUGACGGCCAUCCACUCUGCCAGCGCCUCUCUGCUGGCUAAGAGACAGGGGAAGGAGGACACGGUGCGGUUACUGAGGUGCCAGACCCGCGCCCUGCUGCAGAAGAUAGACAUGGACAGCAAGAUGAAGAAGAUGGCUGAGCUACAGCUGUCUGUCAUCAGUGACCAAAGGAACAGGAAGGCCAUCGAGAGCCAGAUCCAGCAGUGGGAGCAGAACCUGGAGAAGUUCCACAUGGAUCUGUUCCGGAUGCGAUGCUACCUGGCCAGCCUGCAGGGCAGUGAGCUCCCUAACCCCAAGAGUCUCCUGGCCGUGGCAGGACGCCCCUCUAAGACCGCUCUGGGACGCCUGGGGAUCUUCUCUGUCUCCUCCUUUCAUGCCCUGAUCUGCACCCGUGACGAGGCGACCCUGCGGAGACGUUGCCGAUCUUUUUCCAGAGGGGCUCGGAGUAAGAGGGGCCUCUUCUCCUCCCUCAAGGGUCUGGACAGCUUGACCAAACGCAGCAAGGAGAAGAGGGAGUCCGUGUCCCAGGUUUUUGAAGGACAAAGUAUUGGAGUGCCUGCUGGCCAUAUCCCCAACCACUGCACCUCAGAGAGAUUGGACGCUCUUGCCAAAAUGCAGUUGAUAGCACCACCUGAAGGCAACCCUUGGUACAGCAGUUUGGAAACUCCCGUCUGUGUGAAUAUGCCUGACAGCCAAAGCGUUACUCUGCACAUCAAACCCGAUUUCCUCGUAUCAGACAUGCUAUCUUUGGCCUGUAAGGAGCGGCACCUGGACCCGAGCCAGCACUGCCUGCGUGUGAGGAGGCUGGUGGGUCAGGACACAGAGACCUUCUCCCCAGCGCCCACAGACCCACUACGAGACCUGGUUCAUGAAGAGCUUGAGGUCUUCCCACUCAAUGUUUUCACCGUACAACUGUCCCGCCCUGACACAGCAGUAGACUUUGGCUUUGCUGUGACAGGCCAUGUAGACGGAGCCAGGAAGAGCCAUGUCUACUUGAGUGAGGUCAACCCAGGGGGACUGGCUUCCACUGAAGGUCUGAGAGCGGGGGAUGAGAUCCUGGUUCUGAAUGGGACCAGUGUGUCCAAUCUGGACCUGGGGUUGAUACACCUGAUGUUCAACCACCAGAUCCUCCACCUACUGCUCAGACGAGAGGAGCAAGUCCCUGGCGAUCACACCUCUGUCUGGCCAGACUGUGACCCCUGGCAGCCAGGACCACCACCACCACCCAGCCACUGUGUCUGGCCUAUAGAAUGUGGAGACGGUGUGUUCGCUGUACCAGACCUUCCCAGAGGGCCGUGGGGCGGUGGUGGUAGAGGGCCAGAGAAACCCCUAUUCCAUGGAGCCCCUCGGGCCACAGGUCCAGAAGCCCCCCUGCCCCAGACACAUGUCAUCUCUGAGAGGCUCCGUAAGGUCAUACAGGAACUGGUAGACACAGAGAAGUCCUACGUCAAGGACCUGGGCUGUCUGUUUGACAUUUACCUGACCCCUCUACAGAGUGAGACCUUCCUCAGCCACGACGAGAUGGAGUCUCUGUUUGGCAGUCUGCCUGAGAUGCUGGACUUCCAGAGAGUGUUCCUACACACCCUGGAGGAGCGCAUCGCCUCCUCCCCCAACUUCAGCUCUCUGGAGACCCCGGAACAGUUCAAGAAACUUCUCUUCUCGCUGGGCGGCUCCUUCCUCUACUAUGCCGACCACUUCAAGCUCUACAGCGGCUUCUGUGCCAACCACAUCAAAGUCCAGAAGGUUCUGGAACGAGCAAAGACGGACCGGGCUUUCAAGGAGUUCCUGGAAGCAAGGAACCCCACCAAGCAGCACUCUUCCACCCUGGAGUCGUACCUCAUUAAGCCAGUCCAGAGGGUGCUCAAGUACCCACUGCUGCUCCGAGAGCUGGUCUCCCUCACUGACCCCGAAAGCGAGGAGCACAGCCACCUCACAGAGGCCCUGAGAGCCAUGGAGAAGGUGGCCAGCCACAUCAAUGAGAUGCAGAAGAUCUACGAGGACUACGGAACUGUGUUUGACCAGCUGGUGGCAGAGCAGAGUGGCCCUGAGAAAGAGGUGACAGAGAUCUCCAUGGGGGAGUUCCUCAUCCACUCCUCUUUAAAGUGGCUCAACCCUCUCCCCUCCCUGUGUCGCAUGAGGAAAGACCCUGAACUGACAGUGUUCGUUUUCAAGAGAGCAGUGAUCCUGGUGUACCGUGAGAGCAGCAAGAUGAGGAAGAGGAUGACCACGUCACGCUCCGACCUGGACCCCUUCAAGUUCCGCUGGCUCAUCCCAGUGUCGGCAGUGCAGGUCCGCCUGGGGAACACAGCAGGGACAGAGAACCCUUGUGUCUGGGAGCUGGUCCACACCAAGUCUCAGGUGGAGGGGAGACCAGAGACCAUAUUCCAGCUCUGCAGCAGUGGUUUGGAGAAUAAGGCCAGUGUAGUGAAAGCUCUUCGCUCCCUUCGAGACUGCACCCGGAGACCUCUCCUACCAGAGACGGGUUCUAGAGAGCACCUAGGCUCCCUCCGCAGGACCCAGCCUGCACCUGUCAGAGACGGCUCCUGGAGAAGACAACAGCGCCAAUCAGAGGCCGGGAGGACUGCAGGCCACCAGCACCACUCAGACGACAGCAGUGUGUCCAGCGGCGGCCCCUACCCUGGUCCAGGAGACACCCACACGGAGCCCCAGCUCCCCAGCCGCUCCUCCACGGGCCUCCCCAGUCUGGAAGGCACCACACUGGGCAAGAGGGCCUGGCUGUGCUCCCUGACCAGCACCCUGGAAGCCCAGCUCCAGAGACUCAACUUCACAGAAGAGGCCGGGCCGAGGAGCACGGGGACCCAGCAGGAGCACCUCAGACCCACACAGACCCACCCUGCUGUCCAGAAGAGGGUGAGCAGUCUGCAGGGGAGCCAGGCGAGGCAGGAUAAUGACUCCCAGUGUGUGGACUUCAACGGCCUACUAGGGAGGGACUUCAGUGUGCAGAGCCUGAACUCUGUGGUCAACGAGGACUGCUUCUACGAUACGGUGAUGGGAAUUCAGAAGGCUGCCAUUCCAACACUAUAGUGGCCUAGGGGAAACUUCACCCCAGAGAGCUGAUGAACACCUGUCUAGGGUCUUAUCACACUGACUACAUUAGAGCCUGGUCAAGUUGCUAUGGACUAGAGGAUGAAUCUCUUUAACGUGCUUACUCUGACUCUGCUGAGUAGGCUUUGACCCGAAGAACUGAGCUCUGAUCACAGUGACUUUGACUUGACUUCAUCCGUUUAGCUCCUAGAAGAGGGAAGGCCUGAAGGUCAAAAACAGUUACAGACCGUCACAGUACAUACUGUAAAUGGAUGCCCGUGGGACUCUCCUGUCUGUCCCAUGUUUUGCUGCACUCUAUAAACUCUAAACACAGUUGCCUACGUUCAAUAGCAUUCCUUUCACCUUUUCUUUUCCCCCUCUCGAUUUCAUCUCGUUUGUAAAUAUAAUGCAGGAUCUCAAUCGCGAGUAUCUUUCUAUCUUCAUGGCUUUUUUGACAAAAGCAGUUGCUAGUUCAAGACUGGAAUUGCUUGAUAAAAAAAACGUCCGAUAUGAGUAUUUUAUUUGAACCUGUUCCUAUUUAUAUGUAUCUCUAUAUUAUUUUUGUUCGUGUGUUAAUAGCCACAGAAAAACUAAGAUGAGGUGUCACAUUUCUAUGUCAUUUAUCUUAUGAAGUUAAAGCAAAGUCCCUUUUCAAGCUCUUUCAUAUUUGAAGUGAUUUGAUGUAUCACUAUCAAGUUCUAUCUGCACAAAGCUCAGUUCUGAGAUAUUGAGCAUCAACAUUUCCCCAUCCCUGAUCUCAGAACUGUUGUGUAGCGAAUUCUUCGUUCAUAUUUUAUAUAUACGCUAGUUUAUCACCUUACAUACAAUCAUUUGUAAUUGACAACCCAGCAUUGGUGUGAUUGGAUUGCAGAUAGAACCUUAUAGCACCAAGUUAGUAGGUGUUUGUGCAAAUAGUACUUUCUGAUGUAGUAGUUAUUUUUUUGUUUUCUCAGCGUGAAAUGACUUUAAACAAAAUCGGACAUAUCUCAGAUGUAAAGGACCACCUAAAGAGCAUCUCCAUGUGAAUAACACAUUGUUUGACCAAAAUGUCAGCUGGGACUAUAAGGUCUAAGGUUACAAAUUGUUGAAAUGUUUGUUAUCUUUAUUCCAAUUUAGCUGAACUGUAAUUUAUUCUCUAAUAAUGAAUAUUAUUUUCAUAUACAUGACAUUGUACAGGUAAAGUUAAAUGAUGUAAUAUUUAAUUAUUUUUUUUUAAAUAAAGAAAAAACAG